CGCAAUUAUCCAUAUCAGCUUAGCGAUACAAAUCCUAUUAAUACCCGCAGUCUUUGUUCUUCAUAUUUUGUAUCAAUGCUCCUUUUAGUAAAAUUUGUGUGUAACAUUGCAAAAAUUGCAGCCUUGUUGUUCUUCCUUUUUGCUCAAGCUGGUCCUCUGACUGUCUACUUAGCCAAUUAAGAAAAUACUGUAUGGGUUUCGUUGGAGUUCCCAUCUGCGUACAGUGUGGCAAUGCCAGCAAUCCUUGUAGGUGCAAGGUGGUGGGGCCAACACUUGGUUUCUUGGCAUUUGCUGCGGCAGCAAUUGUAGAAUGGCCGGUUGGUGCACUUGUUUAUGUGUUCCGUCACUCCAAGGGACGUCGGAUAAUGGGUCAUCCAGCCACUGUCAUUUAUCCUUCAGUCACCAACUCCAUUCCUAUUUAAUUUACUUUUUGUUUUUCUUAUUUUCAACUUCCAAUGGUGUUACUAUAAAUGUAUGUUAGUAGUUUUAAUUACCUUACUCUAUAUCUAUAUAUAUAAAUGAAUUAUUAUGUGCUUUGUUUGAACUACAAUAAUGAUGUAUGGUGCUUUUGUAAUGCACUAUGAUAUAUAAGCAUAUGUUUCUCUUGUG